UUGUACCCGUGUCGAGAAUCGAACCCGGGUUUUCGGCAUGACGAGCGAACGCUUUAACCACUAGGCUAUCCGACCGCCCCCCAGCCUCUGUGACAUAUCUAAGCCAGAAAAGUUAACUCUUCCGUUAAAAUCCGGAACAUCAUGCCAUUCAAAGAACUAAAACCCGGUAGGCCCUGACAAAGUCGUUCACACUGUAUAUAUAAAAUGAAAAUAUAUUAGGAACAAAGAAGUAAACGUUUACACAGCGUAACAUAAUAACAAGAGUAAACAAUUAAAGCAUGUUCGCAUUUAUUUCGAGCAGUCAUAAUUGGUUAAUGAAUGUGUGACCCUAAUUAGCCCCACAUGUGUCUGAGAACCGAGACAUUGAGGUAAUACUACCCUUUACUUAUCAAGGCAAUAACGCCCCUUGUAUUUGGAGCUGAAUGCACAACAGGCAACAACACAGGCGACGACGCUCUCAAGUUCACUUUCAAAAUGAACAACACUAACUUCAACGGUACCUCGAAUUUUACAGGAUCAACACGCCGCAAAUAUGAUUUAUCCGCUCUCAACACCGCCCUUGCUGUCAGCGAGGCAGUGCUUAUACCAGUUAUAAUCAUUGGCAAUCUUCUCCUCAUCUUCUCAAUACUCAACAAUCGGACACUCAGGCAAGACUUCCGCCACCUUGCGAUAGUCAGCAUAGCCACAGCUGACCUUCUCGCGGGACUGAUAACCUGUCCAGUUAUUGCGGACAUGAAAGCCAACAAUCAUAGACGACAACAUGGAUGUGCAACCUAUUUGAUCAUAUCCACCCUCGACUUCUAUGUACAAAAGUUUGUGGUGACAUGGGGUAUAAUAAGCAUCAACGCGGACUAUUUGCUAACAUUGCAUCGUGUGAAGAUGCGGUUAUCUCCCUUGAUACGGAAAUGUGCCAUUGGUAUUUGUUUGGCGCUGCCCUGGCUUGCUAUGCUAUUUGUUGUUUUACCAAUCGCAUAUACUCAUGUUGGCAGCGUAUCCUUAUCAUAUAUAUGUAUACUAAGAAUGUCUCCAGCUGCAACAUUAUUGGUGACGUGCUUCGCGUCUGUUGUACCGUCCCUAAUAGCUGUUCUGCAAAUUAUUCACAUGAUCAUAUUGCACUGUUGUAAUUCAAGAAGACAAAUACAUCCGGUCACCACCGAUGCUGGGUCGAAUAAGAGUCCUUGGAUUUUCGUAUGUGCAACUGUGGCCACGAUCCUGUUGAUUCUACCGGAAGAAGCAGCGCGAUUGAUAAGAAUGAAACUGAUUCAUCAAUUGGAUAUUCACGUAUAUGUAGCAAUUGUGUAUUCAAUUGUUGCUCUGGCAGAUGCAAAAAGUGCAGUUUUGCCUUUCAUCUGGUUUAUGGAGGCAGACAUGCGGGCUGCAGUGCAGGAGCUGUACAACAGGUUGCCGUGGAGAAGUUCUUUUCACAGGUGUAGAGCAAGAGGUGACUUUGUUGUAGAUUAUAAGAACUUCUAAUUAUGGCAGUUGUAUAAUAUGAAACAAUCUUUAUCUAGCUGCCUCAAGUGUUACAAUCUUUGGUACUGAUGGGUACUUAAUGGGGAAAUACAUACAUUGUCAAUCUGUUCAAAGUACGUUUUUGUCUUUUCAUUUAAGUGAAAUGUGUUAUAUGGAGUUUUUUUAUAAAGACUUUUUGCCACAAAUAUGACACAUGUUAUGUUACACCUUCUUCGUGUAGCACUCGUACGCUUCAGUGACUAUUGAAGAAAUAUUGGAUGGACAACUUUCCCGAAAUGUACAACAGUGUAUUCAUAUUUCACCAGCAAUGCAUGUGGGGUAGUAUCGCCAUGCGAUUUUGUGUUAUGUUUUAAUGUUGACAGUUGUUGUUUGAAAGUGUACCAAAUAGUCGAAGGGCAGUCUCGAAAAGUGUAAAUUUAGUAUAUAUUGUUGACAAGUGGGGCUGUAAUAUCAAAAAAGCGUUUUGGCAAAGUGUUGAUCCUCUAAUAAUGAUCGUGGCUUGUGUAUAUUAACUUAUUUCGGGAUACAAUUUACAUUUUAAUACCAUAAUGUCGCUGGAAUAGGUCUAUCUGAUGCAUUUGUAAAUUUGUUUGGGGUUGGCCAUGUGACUGAAUGGCCCUAUGUUAGUCGUCAAAUACAGGAGCCAAGAUAACCAGCCACGUCAGCCAGAAACCAGCGAUUUACAUACACUCGCUCUGUGAUAACUCGACUGCGUUGCAUUUUGUUUAGUCAACAGUACAUCGCAGGCAAUGAUUUUAACUGUCGGAGAGAUAUGCUACAUUAUGAAUACAGUCUAGUUUAUGUGAUUACUAGAACUUGGUGAACGGAACGUCGCUCCCAUUCUUUUCGCAAAUAAACUACCGGGCAAAAGAAACUUAUCACCUUGUUCAGUAGCUCUAUUAAAAGAAUCAAAGACAGGUGUUAACUAUAAGAUGAUCAUUUUAAUAGAGGAAAUCUUUUUCGAUAUCUGUACAAAAAUGCAAAGCCACAUCGAUAGUGCACUUGCUAAAGGCCGAGCGAAAGAGACAUGGGGUCAAAAUAAGAAAAAAAUACAUUAACACGAGUCAAACAGAGCCACUCUAAAGGUACUCAAAAAAGUCAAAUCCUGUGAUACAACAUGUCCUUAGUAGCGUGCACCAAUGCACGCCAAAAUACGUCUCCUCGUGGAUGUCGUCCGUCAGCUGUCGAUCACAAUGAUCCCAGAGAUGCUCUAUGGGAAUCAUGUCUGGAGAACAUGCUGACCAAGGCAAUACGUUGACGUUAACGUUGUGCGGAUAUUGCUGAACAAGUCUGGCGGUAUGAGGUCGUGCAUUGUCCUCCACGUAAGAAUGGCACGACAACAGGUCGCAACACUUCAUCUCUGUAUCUUUGGCCAGUCAGAUUCCCACGGAUGAUGACCGCCGCCACCAGAAGAGUUCACAUCUUGGAUGCAGUUAUAUUAGGUGCCAGUCGCUCUCCCCUACGUCGAUAAACACGGACUCGGCCAUCAUUUCGGAACAAGUUAAAGCGUAUUUCAUCUGUGAACAACACCCUUUCCAAAUCACGCCGCUGCCACAGACGUGCAGUUUUUGCCCACUGUAAGCUGCGUUCACGGUGAAGAGGGGUCAAGGACAAUCCACGGAAAGCUCUGAUACCAUAAAUGCGGAGUCGCUCUGAUACCACCAAUGCGGAGUCGCUCUGAUAUCACAAUGCGGAGUCGCUCUGAUACCACCAAUGCGGAGUCGCUCUGAUACCACCAAUGCGGAGUCGCUCUGAUACCACCAAUGCGGAGUCGCUCUGAUACCACCAAUGCGGAGUCGCUCUGAUACCACCAAUGCGGGGUCGCUCUGAUACCACCAAUGCGGAGUCGCUCUGAUACCACAAUGCGGAGUCGCUCUGAUACCACCAAUGCGGAGUCGCUCUGAUACCACCAAUGCGGGGUCGCUCUGAUACCACCAAUGCGGAGUCGCUCUGAUACCACCAAUGCGGAGUCGCUCUGAUACCACCUAUGCGUAAGACCUUCUUCUGCUGAUGGGUGUUCCAGUGCCGUUGACGGCACUGAAUCCUGCAAAAAGUGACUUUCACAUGUGCACAGGUUGUGUUUCGGUGAAUGUUUUCUGAUAACGUUCCAACUUAUCACUCUGUCUUUAUUUCAGAUAAAACCUAAUUUACAAGUGAUAAGUUUCUUUUUCCCUUAAGUUUAUGUAAAAGAAUAAUUGACGAGCAGUCCCCGCCGAGAUUGUCAAUAAAUCUAAGAAAUGAAAACAAAAUCUUACAACGUAGACAGAUAAGUAUCCUUAAAGUUUACAUUCAAACUCAUGUUUAUUAGGUAAAUUUUAACAUGUUUGGAAAGGUUUGUUCCUUGGUUGUCAGGAAGAUAAUUAUCAAAUAAUUGAUCAAAAUGUGGCCUAUGAUAUAAUCUUCUGGUGUAACAAGCCUUUACAGUAGGACUGUCCUUUCAUCUAUCUUCGGAUGUCCGUCUUAGACAAGGAUGGGAACUCUAAUUGUA